AUGACUACCACAACAAUCAAUUCCUCCCCAUUACAACCCUCACGCCCGGCCCCGGCCUCUCCUGCCUACAUCACCCCCUUCUCUCUCAGGAAGAAGACCAUGUCCAUCACCCAGACCUACUACCUCGCCCACAAGGCGAGGGCGAAACUCGCCAAGGAGGCUUCCCGCUCCGACCACAACCUUCGAUACCUCGUGGGCCAUGCCAACCUUCUCGAUUGCUUGAUGCUCGAGCUCGCUGAUGCCGAGCGGGAGCAGGAGAGCUGGUUCAACCAAUCCGUACGGGGCGCUGCCAAGCACGAACAGGAGGACAUUGACUACGAAGACACCAUCAUCGAAGUUCCCGACGAGGACUGGGACUCCGACUCUGACUCCGACUCGUGCUCCGACUCGGACUGCGAUAGCCACGAAGAGGACGAGGACGACGUUGAGAUGGCAGACAUUGUCUCCUACCGCCGCGUACCAGUUCCCGAUGCUCCCAUCACCAGGAUAACAUCCUACGAUGAAGACGACGACAUGGACGAAGAUGACGAGAACCUAGCGGAUCUUGAGCUCGUCCGCACACCUUCUCACACAACGCCACCCGAGCUCGACGACGACUCGGACGCUUCGGAGGAGGAGACCAUGCCCCCUCGCCCCCGACAGCCAUGCUUACCUUUUCGGAAAAGGAGACGCAAGAAGAAUUGCAAAGACAAGAAUCCUCCUUCUACUCGCACCACUUCUACGUGCCUGAAAGGAAUCCCGCCAGAAUCGUUUCAUCGAUACCGAUAUGCUAAAUUCGGCUCCUUCACCGUUUCUUUAGCGCACUCGACACGAUACGAUUUGAUGAUUCUUACUUCUUCUCGUGUACUUUUUACACUCGAUUUAUAUACAACUAGGCAUAAGCGAUUAUACCUCGGCAUGGGCAACGGCGUUUGA